AAGACUGUCGUUCCUCACAUGUGAUAUUUUAGUAAUAUUUCGCUGGUCGUGUUGUUGUCCAGCAGAUGGCUCUCUUACUCUCUCUUAUACUCUUACACAACAGCGCAUCUUUUGUAACGUAAACAAGUUUGAGGACACCGCCUCUCAAUUUUUCUGAGAAAAUUAAUUUAUUAAAAGUAUUGAUUAUAAUUCAGACUAAAGGAAGGACAGUAUUAAUCUCCACGCAGAUAUAUAUAUAACGUUAUAUUUUAAGUUUUACUAACACACGUUGUAACAGCGACUCUAAGUUAGCUAACUUUGCUAAUUUUACGUUGCAGUCGCAAUAUCAAGCAAUACAAAAAUCACUUUAGCUGAUAGUUUGACUUCUUAGACAAAAACAUGUCUCUUUUGAGAGAUCACAGGAUCGUGCGUAUUUUGCUCAUUGUUCUUUCUCAGUUUGCUUUCAUUGCUACUUUGAUCAUCAACGCGCUCGCGGGAUCAGGAAAAGGUCCAUUUCAGCGGAGCACUGGAAAUAUAUCUGACAGAUAUAAGACAGAGAUCACUCCUGCUGGAUGGACUUUUUCGAUAUGGGGUGUCAUCUAUUCCUGGCUCUUCCUGAUGAACGCAUAUAUCCUGACCUGGCUCUGUAGAGGGUUGUACUCAAGUCCAGCAAUCCUGCCCUCUGAAUUCUUUCUCUCGUGGAUCAUCAACAUGAUCCUCAACAGCACCUGGCUGGUCUUGUGGGACAGAGAAUUGAUGAUUCCUGCACUGAUUGUUCUUGGCCUGAUUGCUUUCACCAACUACCUGAUGAUCUUCUUCUCUUGUAUUGGUCUACGAGCUCAUGGAUCUUGGCUUAAACUGCAGCACCCAAAAGACCUUUUCUGCAUCAUAGUGUUGGCUCAAAAUGGCAUUGCUACCUAUGCAACAUGGACAACCAUUGCCACACUGCUCAACUUCACUGUUGUGUUGGAUCUAGCAUCAGUUUCCCCAACAAAUGCUGCUACAGCUUCUUUAUGCAUACUUCUGUUGGAAGUAAUUAUAUGGUUUACAGUUGAAAACUUUCUCAUAGAGAAGCAUGUCCGUUACAUCCUCACUGUUUACCCUGUGAUUAUCUAUGCUCUAAUUGGAAGCCUAAGCAAGCAUUACGAUGCAGCAGCACCUGGCCGGAACGCUGUCUUUUCAGUGGUGCUCCUCGUGUUGGCCUGUAUUGUGUUAGUGGUGCGCGUGGGGCUGGUGGUUUGGAGACACAGGACUCGGCCGCUCUACCAUGAAGUCAGUCCUGAGGUCCUGAUGUCACCAAACAGCGGCACUGAUAUAUAAUCAUACAUCAUAAACACUCAUCACUCAAAGAUGACGUGCCCUGAACACUAACCCUUCCAGGUGUGCAGUACCUGCAUGGAUGUGUUUCAGCUGGAACAGAUGCUUUCAGAGUCUUCAGUUUUAUGGAAAAUAUGCAGGAAACAGCAUACAAUAUUAAAUUGCUACUGUGCCUACACUACCAUUUUUUAAGUGAAAUUAUUCUCAGAAAGUGUGCAUUUAUAUAAUUAAAAGAACAGUAAAAAACAGUUAUAUUGUGAAACACUAUUACACUUUAAAAUAACAGCUUUUUAUUUUAACAUUUUAGAAUGUAAUUGUGUUUAUAUGCAUAUGUUUACAGUAACUUGUGACCAAAAUAUCAAUAUUAUACUUGACAAUAUUAUCAUUUGCUUUUAUUAAUAAUUUGUAUUAACAUUUAAUAUUUUAGUAUAAGCUUUAAUCCAAAGCAAAUGACGGAUAAGGAAGCAAUUUCUUAACAGUAUCACAAGCAAUUUUUCAUACAAGAGUAUGACAACAAUACUUUCAAUACAAUGUCUCAAGUGUAAGUACAUACAAAAAAGUUGGGAUUUUGUUUCUUGUGUUUGGGAUUUAAGCUUUUAAAGCUUAUUUAUGAAUGUUCAAUAAAACACAUGAAAUGCAUCUGA